CUAGAGUCCAGUGGUGGCGUGCUUUAUUUACCACUGCAGCCGACACUUUGCAUUGCACUUAGUUCUGUAAAGCUUGGAUGCAGCUGCUCCGCCAUGGAAACCCAUUCCAUGAAGCUCUCUAUGCUCUGUUGUGCUAAUCUGAAGGCAACACAAAGUUUGGAGGUCUUCAGCUAUUGACUCUGCAGACAGACGGCAACUUCUGCUCACUGUGCACUUCAGUAUGCACUGACCCUGCUCUGUCAUUUUACAUAGCCUACCACUUUGUGGCUGAGUUGCUGUUGUUCCCGGUUGCUUCCACUUUGUUAUAAUACCACUAACAAUUGACCGGGGAAUAUUUAGUAGCAAGGAAAUUUCAUGGAUGGACUUAUUGCACAGGCGGCAACCUAUCAUGGUACCACGCUUGAAUUCACUUAGCUCCUGAACACGACCCAU